AUGGGGAUACAGGUAUCGGAUCAGAUUGCUAUCGCUCUUAAGCAACAUGGCAUUGAGGUUGUCUUUGGUAUCGUGGGCAUACCUAUCGUUGAACUUGCGGAGAAAUUAGCGGAACAUGGUGUAAGAUUCAUUGCAUGCCGCAAUGAACAAAGCUGCUCCUAUGCGGCCAGCGUCUACGGGUACCUGACGAACAAGCCCGGUGCGUUGCUGGUGGUGGGAGGUUCUGGUGUGGUGCAUGCAUUGGCUGGAAUUCACAAUGCAUGGGUCAACAAGUGGCCCCUCUUGGUUAUAGCUGGGAGCACGGAGGAUGAGUACAAGGGGGGGUUCCAGGAGUUGGACCAAUUACGAAUCGUAGCGCCAUGGACGUCAUUUAAAGGGCGCCUAUCGCUCGAUAACGUGAACUACAUGGUGUACACGGCGGUGAAGACGGCGGUAUUACAACAUGGCGUAAGCUACUUGGACGUUCCGGGCCGUCUGAUUAACAUGGAUGCGGUGGGACCGCUAGCCUCAAAGCCCGUGGAUAUCCAGCAUGUUAGAAGCGGGCCUGACAGCAGCAGGGUACAGGGAGCAGCGAAGCUACUACAGGAUGGAAGGAACAUACUGGUGGUCGUCGGGAGAGGAUGUGCCGAGUAUCCAGGUGUGGUGCGCAGCUUCUUGGAACGCUACAGACUACCAUUUCUACCUGUACCAAUGGCGAAGGGUAUUGUGCCGGAUUCGCAUGAGCUGAAUGUCAACGGGUGCCGGUCUCUAGCUUUAAAACGGGCUGAGAUUGUGUUGGUGUUGGGCGCGCGGCUGAACUGGAUAUUACACUAUGGCUCCGCUCCGAAGUGGAAUGCGGAUGCCACGUUCAUCCAAGUUGACCGGGAUCCCGCCACCCUUGGACACAACAAUAGCUCUGGUGUCAACUACUCUGUGCUCAGUGACGUUGAACUGUUCAUUAAUGCUAUCACAGCAGUACUCCCACAAUCAUGGCAGUACAGAGGUGUUGACAAUGAGGUCUUGGAUAAGAUUCGGGAGAACGGCGUAAAGUUACAACGGAAGGCGCAGCUUACGCCUGGGAGUCCUUUAAAUUACCAUGCUGUUUAUUCUCUACUGCGCAAGCUGAUUGACGACAAGAAUACCAUUUUAAGUGCUGAGGGCGCGAAUACUAUGGAUAACUCUCGGUUGUGGUUCGGGACCGACUAUCCAAAACGGCGACUAGAUGCUGGCACAGGUGCUACAAUGGGGCUUGGAGUAGGCUAUGCCCUUUCAGCAAAGUUAGCUAACCCUGAUAAGUUUGUGGUGGCUCUCGAGGGUGAUUCGGCAUUCGGGUUUUCCUGCAUGGAACUCGAGACAGCGGUGAGAAACAAGGUGGGCCUUGUUGUAGUCGUGAUGAAUAAUGGUGGGAUAUACCAUGGAAAUCCCGGAAGUGGCCCGGUUCGUACCACCGAUUUGUCUCCAGAGUGCGCUUACCAUCUAGUUGGACAGGGAUUGGGAUGCAAUGGAGUCCUCAUCCGCACGUUGGAUGAGCUAAAAAAGGAGUUCCCUAGGGCCCUACAGAAUUCAAUGAAGAGUAUAACCACCGUCCUAAACGUUAUACUUGAGCCAGGUACGCAGACAAACGUUUCAUUUGGCUGGCAGGCAAAGAGCAAUAUGUAA